GCGCACCUUGGCCACUUGGCUGGGCUCGUGCCACUCUGUCCCGGCCCAUCAGCCACUCGGCUCCUCUCCGGCGUGUUUGUGGCCCCGCCUCCCAGUCCCGCGCCUGAGAACAGCUGUCAGUUUUGUUUACAACCCGUUGGCUUCCGGUUGCAAUGUGACUUCUGUCGGAAGUUAAUUCGCUGACGCUCGCUUCUGGGUUGUACCAACUCGUGAUCCCCAUUUACGGAAAAAUCACCGUGCAAACCUCAAAAUCUUUAAAGAUAACUUGAAAUUCUCUCACUGCCUCUACUAGCGAGGUUGUAAGUGCUGUCUGUUUUGCCACAGGAAUAAAAGAUCACAGAGCAGUUCUCCACCCCCCCCCCCCCGCGGCCCUCUCACAUUUAGUGCCUUCCAGUUUGGGCGCCACCGUUGAAAUUUGAAAAAGAGAAAGAGGAGAAAUUCACAGAAAGGAGACGGAGAGAAAAUCACCGAAAGGUGUAAAACAUUUUUAAGAACAGAAUAAUUUGCUUUAUAUUAAUGGAUAUCUUCCAAGAAGAUGCGCAAUGUCAGCUAAAUGAAAAGCUAAAUGAAACCAGGAUCAAAUUUUUGAGUUUAUGGGAAAACUAUAAUCCAGCAGGAUUUAAACAGAAGUACAGAGAAUCUUUAAAAAUCACAGAAGACAGAUGCAUAGAAAUAUAUGAAGAGGAGAAACAGAUGUGUGAAAAGAUCCAGUUAACUAAAAAGGUUAUUGCUGAGCAGAAUGCAUUCCUGGAAAAAACACAGAUAGAACUGCAGAGCAUCAGCCAAAAUUGUGAAAAUAUCGAAAGGCAAAAGCAGGAUGUAUUAGAAAAAAUCAAGAAGCUGAAAGAAGGACUUGGCAAAAAGCAGGAAUUAAUUUCUACACAAAAGAAUCAAAAUAAAGCAAAGCUGAAGGAAUUAAAUUUGUCUGCAGAAAUGUUCAAGAAGCGAAUGGGUCUGGAAAUUCGGAGGGUGCAGGGGGAACAACUCCAGUUUAUCUUCAGGUGCAUCAGCCAUAAAAGUCCUGAGCAGCCAUUUACAUUUCUGCUGAAAUUCAGCGAAGAAGGAAAUUAUGAAGUUACCUCAUGUGAGCCACCACUGGAAUGUAUGUCUUCACUGCAGGAAAAACUCAAAGAAACCAACAAUUUCUCUGCAUUUCUUGCCAAUGUUCGGAAAGCUUUUACAACAUUAGUAUAGUUUGAGGUUGUAUUCUUGGUUUUCCUAUUUAGGUUAGAAAACAUAUUCUCCUUUGUUUAUUUUUUUUCCCAUUUCUUUGAAUCAAUGUUAGUAUUUGGCUGUGUAGCAAUUGUAUCCUUUUUAAAAUAAAAAUACUUGUGCACAACUAUUUCACAUAAAAUUAUAUUGCUUGUUAUAUAUGGUCACAUAAGUAGUAGGAGCACUGGGCCACUGCGUGUUCUGCUAGUCAAUAACAAUAAAAUAAUUAAUGUCUGAUCUGAUUGUAGCGUUAACUUCACUUUCCUCCCACCCUGAAGAAUCUGUGUAGGUCCGCCUUGAGUUCAGCCACUGUUUUUGAUUUGAACACGUUCUUUGUUUACUAAAUCAUUAUUAUGAAACAUUUUAUGCACUAAUUUUUUUUUUGUUAAAGUUUUCAUUAAAAUAAUGGUACAAAUGA